AUUUCAUUUUGCCGAAAAGGACCAAAGCAAACAAUAAAAACGAAAGGAUAACAAAACAAAAUAAACACAUUUUCCAUUCCGAAACUAAACAAAUAAAAGAUUAAAAAAGAAAGAGAAAGAAAGCAAUACCAUCGUUCGUUUCUCUCUUCUUCCAGAUCUGAUUUCCCUCCAUUGAAUUCUUCUUCUUCUUGUGACCUUUGAAACUAUCGAACCCUAAAAGAAAGAGAAAAAUGUUUAGAUUCGAACAGGAGAAGAUCAGGAAACGAAUUUGAUUUUUCUUGCCUUUCAGGAAUUGAAAUCUGAGUCACGGGAAUUGCGAGGAGUUUUGGUGUUUCUCCUGUCAUGGCCAACGUCGACGCGCUUACCGUGAUUCCGGCAUCCGUUCUUCGUAAUCUCUCCGAUAAGCUUUACGAGAAGCGCAAGAAUGCUGCUCUUGAGGUUGAAGGUAUAGUGAAGCAGCUGGCGGCUGCUGGAGAUCAUGACAAGAUAGCUGCGGUGAUCCAAUUGUUGACGACGGAUUUUACCUACUCGCCUCAAGCUAACCACCGUAAGGGUGGAUUGAUAGGACUAGCAGCUGCAACUGUAGGGUUGACUACGGAAGCAGCCCAACAUCUUGAGCAAAUUGUGCCACCUGUGCUUCAUUCUUUUUCUGACCAAGAUAGCAGAGUUCGUUAUUAUGCUUGUGAAGCCCUGUACAACAUUGCAAAGGUGGUAAGAGGAGAUUUUAUUGUAUUCUUUAACAAAAUUUUUGAUGCGCUAUGUAAGCUUUCGGCAGACUCAGAUGCCAAUGUACAGAGUGCUGCUCAUCUUUUGGAUCGGCUUGUAAAGGACAUUGUUACUGAAAGUGAUCAAUUCAGCAUUGAAGAAUUUAUACCAUUGUUGAGAGAACGUAUGAAUGUCCUAAAUCCCUAUGUCCGCCAAUUUUUGGUUGGAUGGAUCACUGUGUUGGACAGCGUUCCCGAUAUAGAUAUGCUGGGUUUUCUUCCUGAUUUUCUUGAUGGUUUGUUUAAUAUGUUGAGUGAUUCUAGCCAUGAAAUAAGACAACAAGCUGAUUCGGCUCUUUCAGAGUUUCUCCAAGAGAUCAAGAACUCCCCAUCUGUAGAUUAUGGUCGUAUGGCUGAGAUACUGGUGCAAAGGGCAGCAUCUCCAGAUGAAUUCACUCGGUUAACAGCUAUCACAUGGAUAAAUGAGUUUGUGAAGCUUGGUGGGGACCAACUUGUUCCUUACUAUGCUGAUAUCUUGGGAGCCAUUCUGCCCUGUAUAUCUGACAAAGAGGAGAAAAUUAGAGUGGUUGCCCGUGAAACCAACGAAGAGCUUCGUGCCAUCAAGGCUGAUCCUGCUGAAGGAUUUGAUGUCGGAGCAAUACUCUCCAUUGCGAGAAGCCAAUUAUCUAGUGAAUGGGAGGCUACUCGAAUUGAAGCAUUGAACUGGAUAUCAACACUUCUAAACAGGCAUCGUGCUGAGGUCUUAAGUUUUCUGAAUGACAUAUUCGAUACUCUUCUAAAGGCACUUUCAGAUCCUUCAGAUCAGGUGGUGCUCCUUGUUCUGGAGGUUCAUGCAUGCAUAGCAAGAGAUCCACAACAUUUCCGCCAACUUGUUGUUUUCUUAGUGCAUACUUUCCGUAUUGAUAAUUCUCUUCUGGAGAAGCGUGGUGCUUUGAUAAUCCGAAGACUGUGUGAACACUUAGAUGCUGAAAGGGUCUAUAGGGAACUCUCCACAAUAUUAGAGGGUGAACAUGACCUGGAUUUUGCGACUAUUAUGGUUCAGGCUCUGAAUUUGAUCUUACUUACAUCCUCUGAAUUAGCUGGACUUCGAGAUCUUUUAAAGCAGUCGCUUGUGAAUCCUGCUGGGAAAGACUUAUUUGUUUCUUUGUAUGCUUCAUGGUGCCAUUCGCCUAUGGCAAUUAUAAGCCUUUGCCUGUUAGCACAGACAUAUCAGCAUGCAAGUGUGGUAAUUCAGUCACUGGUAGAGGAAGAUAUCAAUGUCAAAUUCUUGGUCCAGCUGGAUAAAUUGAUUCGCUUGCUAGAAACUCCAAUCUUUGCUUACCUUAGAUUGCAGCUUCUUGAACCUGGAAGAUAUACAUGGUUGUUAAAAGCUUUGAAUGGUCUCUUGAUGCUACUUCCCCAGCAAAGUGCCGCUUUUAAGAUACUACGGACUCGUUUAAAAACAGUUCCUUCCUAUUCCUUCAACAGCGAUCAAAUAAAGCGGACAUCUUCAGGAAACCCUUACUCUCAAAUUCUAAAUCAUGUUCCAAGUGGAUCACAAAUCUCAGAGGAUGGUGAUGUAAACCAGGAGGUUGUGAAUUCUAGUUUGCAUAAUGGAAUUAAUUUUGCUUCACGGCUACAGCAAUUUGAGCAAAUGCAACGCCAGCAUCGCAUGCAUGCAAAGACACAAGGGCAAUCUCGCACCAAUUCUGCUUCAUUGUCAAAGGAAGUACAAAGGCCAGAAGAACCACGGCGGCAGCCUCCUGCAUCAGACUUGAAUAGGCCUCCUUCAAGAACAUCUAGAAGAGGCCCAGGGCAGUUACAACUUUGAUCAUUGCUGCCUCCUUUCUUUUGUUUUGGAGCUAGUUGUACACAUCUCAGCAUAUAUUGGGAAAUGGAUGAGAUCUGGUAUAACUUGUAAAAUUGUAUAUCGGUAGUUUGUUCUGUUAAAUUUGUGGUGGUUGGGAAUGGCGAAAAAUUGGGUUUCGAACUAAGAUAAGCUUGGGUUUUUCCUGAGCUAUUCUUUUUUCUUUGUAAACGAAGUAUGUCCAUGUGGUUCUGUUAUUUUUAUUGAAAACCAUAUGGGCCGCCAAAAGCAAAAUAUUUUAGAGAAUAUGCAAUUUGUCUUUGUCUAGUCCUCAGCUGUUACGUUGACCUUAUAAAAUAAGGAAUCAGCUAAUUCAUGUACACAAAUCAAUUAUCACCAAAUUUAAGCAUAUCGUCCAUUUAUUUC